AAAAUAUGAAAUUCAUUGUUAAAAAAUUACAGGAGGCAAUCAAUAGAGUGGAGGAAUGGUCUUAUAAAUGGGGUUUUAAGUUUUCGGUAGGGAAGACAAACAUAAUGUUUUUCUCCAGGAAAAGAGUGGGAGAUGAGAUUAAAUUAAAACUUUAUAAACAAGACCUAAAAAGAGUAAAACACUUUAAGUUAUUAGGAAUGUGGUUUGAUGAAAGGUUAACAUGGAAAAUACACAUUCAGAAGGUUGUGGACAAAUGUAAAAAGGUUAUAAAUAUAAUGAGGUGUCUAGUUGGAAAAGAGUGGGGGGCGGAUAGAGUGGCACUAAAGGGUAUAUAUGAUGGUUUAAUUAGAGCAUUUAUAGAUUAUGGGAGUGUGGUAUAUGGGGCAGCAGCAGAGACACAUAUGAAGAAACUGGAAGGUAUACAGAAUCAGGCAUUGCGUUUAUGUACAGGCGGUUUUAAAACAACACCUAUAGCUGCGCUGCAGGUAGAAAUGGGGGUCAUGCCUAUUGAUUUGAGAAGGCUGCAAUUGUCACUGACAUACUGGGUGCAUUUACAAGGACAUAGCAAGGACCAUCCAGUGCAAGACACGUUAAAACCUAGUUGGGAAAAAGAGAAAAAGGAAGUUAGGAAUUUUGGUUGGACAGCAGUGCAGAGGGCAAAAGAAAUUGGAAUUGAAAAGAUACAGUUUAGUCCAACAGUACCAAUAUCAGCACUCCCACCCUGGAUUCUUCCAGAUGCUACAGUAGAUCUGACAAUUCUAGAAAGGAAAAAUAAAGAUAGAGAGUUUGUUUGUAAUGCCAUAAGUGUGCAAGAGUAUAUUGAUAAAUUCUAUGGUUAUGUAAAGAUAUAUACAGAUGGAUCAAAGAGCGCAGAAAGUAAAGUAGGAGUAGCAUUUUGGGUCCCAGAAUUUCAGGUGCGGGUGGGUAAAAGGGUCAAUGAUGAAGUAUCGGUGUAUACAGCAGAAAUGAUUGCAAUAUUAUUGGCAAUACAUUGGGUAGAGGAAAUUAGACCAGUAAGAGUAACAAUAUGUUCGGACUCAAGUUCAGUUCUAACCAGUCUACAGAGCAGUAAGUCAGAUAGCAGGCCGGACAUUCUAAUAGAGAUAAAACAGAUUUUAUAUAGAAUAGAGAUGAUGGGUAUAACAGUGGUGUUUGUGUGGGUACCGGCACAUAUUGGAGUGAGAGGGAAUGAGGUGGUAGAUAAGGUGGCAAAAGAGGCAACAAAAUGUGAAGAAAUUGAAUUACGCAUAAAUAUCAGCAAGAUGGAGGGUAAAAACAUAAUUAAAAGGAAAAUGAAGGAGAAAUGGCAGAAGAGCAGAAGGGAAGAAACCGUAAUAUCACGGUUAAGAUUUGGACAUACAGGGCUAAAUGCAUCGUUGUUUAUGGUUGGAAAACAUGACACAGGGAGGUGUGAUCAUUGUGAGGAGCAGGAAACGGUAGAUCAUGUAAUGAACAUUUGUAGAAAGUAUGAAGUAGAGAGACGACAAAUGCAGGAUAAUUUGGCAGAAAUUAAAGAAAGAUAUGAGUUAGAGAAUAUAUUAAGGAAAAUGUCAGGAGAUAGAUGCUAUAGGCACGUAUUUGGAUAUUUAAAAGAAACAAAUUUGAUAAAGAAAAUAUGAAAUCCGGGUAACUCAGGGUUACAAUAGUAAAUAAAGAUGCAUAAAGAAACCAGUAGGUGGCGGUAAUGCACAUGUUUGUUUGCCAACCGCCAAUA